AUGGAGCAGCAGGUCAUUUCAGUACACUAUCAGCGCAUGGAGGAAUGGUUGAAGGAUCGAAGGACUGUAUUGGAAAAAAAACAUCGUAGGGAGUACGCUCGUCUUUUGGAACUAGCUCCAAAGUUAGAGCAGUUAAUACGAUAUGACAUUCCUGCUUUGCAGAAGCAACAGAAGAAGCUUUCAGGUUCCCUAGAUGACUCUUUUAAAGCCAUUGAAGAAGCAGAAAAAAACGUUCAAAUUAUUGAGGAAAAACGGAAAAAAUUACUUCAGGAGUAUGGACUCAUAGGUGUAGGUCCUUCAGCAGAUGAGGGUGAACUAAAUGCCGCUAUAGAUGAGAGAAUAGUUUCGAGUACCGUUUUUCUUAACGAGAAGCUGAAAGAGUUUGGUGAUGACCAACAUUUUGCUGCUUUACGAGAGGCUUAUGGGCGUAUUGCGAAGGAAUACUCUAUGGGAAUGUAUGACAGCAAUGCUUUUUCGUUACAUUUCCCUUGGUUAGAGAGGAUUUACGCGGAACGUUUCUGUAGUUUAAGAGUGAAUAGGAAACAUGAUAGAUCGCAGAAGGUAGAAGUAGGAGAAGGAACAGAAGAUGUGACACCUUGUAAUAUUGAUUGGGGCGAUGUCGAUGAGUCUGAUCCUAUUGACAUGGAAGCGGCAGUGGAAAUCCAAUGGAAUGUUGAUGAAGCUAAUGUUGUGCUAGAUAGCUCUAAUCCUGUUAUUGCUGCUGCUGUUGAUGAUGAUGAUAAUAAUAAUAAAGAUGUUGAAGAAGAUGAACUACCAGAGAGAGUCUCUGAGUGCUUUUCCAUCGAUGUGUCGAAUGCCACACACCGACAUCAUGUACUAACCGAAUUGCAGGCGCUGCGGUGCUUUGGGGUGGAGCGGUCAACGAUGGGCGAUGACGCCCUCACCGACAGCACCGCGGCGGUCGACGCCCUCCUGUGGCUCCUCACCGUCUCGACGGAGGCGUCAUUUGUGCGCAUGUCCGCCGGGCGUGCGAUGCGGGCGUCGCUGUUGGAGUCGUUGCGGCGACUGCGGCCGCCGGGCGGAUCGGCCACGGCGGGCGGCGAACAACACGCGGCUCGGGUGCGGCGGUUGCGUGAGGAAUUAGAGGCGGUGGAGCCGCGGCUUGAGGAGGCAUUAGCGGCUGCGCGAGCGAACCGCGAGGAGUGUCUUGCGGAACUUGCAAAGAUGUUCCCCGGUCGCAGUAUUGCCAUUGUGGGAGAUAUCAACAAGUACAUCUAG